GCUGGGUGAACUCAUGGCCUGAUACCAUUUUCUUAAGAAACAGACUAGCUCACAAGAAAAAUGGCAUUUGUUGCAACACAAGGGGCCACGGUGGUUGACCAAACCACACUGAUGAAAAAAUACCUUCAGUUUGUGGCAGCUCUCACUGAUGUAAAUACACCUGAUGAAACGAAGCUAAAAAUGAUGCAAGAAGUUAGUGAAAAUUUUGAGAAUGUAACGUCGUCUCCUCAGUAUUCUACAUUCCUGGAACAUAUCAUCCCUCGAUUUCUCACCUUCCUUCAAGAUGGAGAAGUGCAGUUUCUCCAGGAGAAACCAGCCCAGCAACUGCGGAAGCUAGUACUUGAAAUAAUUCAUAGAAUACCUACAAAUGAACAUCUUCGUCCUCACACAAAAAACGUUCUGUCUGUGAUGUUUCGCUUUUUAGAGACUGAAAAUGAAGAAAAUGUGCUUAUUUGUUUAAGAAUCAUUAUUGAGCUACACAAACAGUUCAGGCCACCAAUCACACAAGAAAUUCAUCAUUUUUUGGAUUUUGUGAAACAAAUUUACAAGGAGCUUCCAAAAGUAGUGAACCGCUACUUUGAGAACCCUCAGGUGAUCUCAGAGAACACAGUUCCAGCACCGGAAAUGGUUGGUAUGAUAACCACCAUUGCAGUGAAAGUCAAUCCCGAGCGUGAGGACAGCGAGACGAGAACGCAUUCCAUCAUUCCCAGAGGGUCGCUGUCUCUGAAAGUGUUGGCAGAGUUGCCUAUUAUUGUUGUUUUAAUGUAUCAGCUCUACAAGGUGAACAUCCACAAUGUUGUUGCGGAAUUUGUGCCUCUGAUCAUGAAUACCAUCGCCAUUCAGGUAUCUGCACAAGCCAGGCAACAUAAGCUUUAUAACAAGGAGUUAUAUGCUGACUUCAUUGCUGCUCAGAUCAAAACAUUGUCGUUUUUAGCUUACAUCAUCAGAAUUUACCAGGAGCUGGUAACCAAGUACUCUCAGCAGAUGGUGAAAGGGAUGUUACAGUUACUCUCAAAUUGCCCAGCGGAGACGGCCCACCUCAGAAAGGAGCUUCUGAUUGCUGCGAAGCACAUCCUCACGACAGAGCUAAGAAACCAGUUCAUUCCUUGCAUGGACAAGCUGUUCGAUGAAUCCAUACUAAUUGGUUCAGGAUAUACUGCUCGGGAAACUCUAAGGCCUCUCGCCUACAGCACGUUAGCUGACUUGGUCCACCACGUGCGCCAGCACCUGCCCCUGGGUGACCUCUCCCUCGCCGUACAGCUCUUUGCCAAGAACAUAGAUGAUGAGUCCCUGCCUAGUAGCAUCCAGACCAUGUCCUGUAAGCUCCUCCUGAACCUGGUGGACUGCAUCCGCUCCAAGAGUGAGCAGGAGAGUGGCAACGGGAGGGACGUCCUGAUGCGGAUGCUUGAGGUGUUUGUUCUCAAGUUCCACACCAUUGCUCGCUACCAGCUCUCUGCUAUUUUUAAGAAGUGCAAGCCUCAAUCUGAACUUGGGGCCGUGGAAGCCACUCUGCCCGGGGUGCCCACGGCCCCAGCUGCACCAGGCCCCGCCCCCUCCCCAGCCCCUGUUCCUACCCCUGCCCCGCCCCCUCCCCUACCCCCUGCCCCACCCACACCUGUGACCCCUGCACCAGUGCCUCCCUUCGAGAAGCAAGGAGAGAAGGACAAAGAGGACAAGCAGACUUUCCAAGUCACAGACUGCCGCAGCUUGGUGAAGACGCUGGUGUGCGGUGUGAAGACCAUCACCUGGGGCAUCACGUCGUGCAAAGCCCCUGGCGAAGCUCAGUUCAUUCCCAACAAGCAGUUGCAGCCCAAAGAGACUCAGAUUUACAUAAAGCUUGUGAAAUAUGCAAUGCAGGCUUUAGAUAUUUAUCAGGUCCAGAUAGCAGGAAAUGGGCAGACCUACAUUCGGGUUGCAAACUGCCAGACAGUUAGAAUGAAAGAGGAGAAGGAGGUAUUGGAACACUUUGCCGGAGUGUUUACGAUGAUGAAUCCCUUAACGUUUAAAGAAAUCUUUCAAACCACAGUCCCUUAUAUGGUGGAAAGAAUUUCAAAAAAUUAUGCCCUUCAGAUUGUUGCCAAUUCCUUCUUGGCAAACCCUACUACCUCUGCCCUGUUUGCUACAAUUCUGGUAGAAUAUCUACUUGACCGCCUGCCAGAAAUGGGCUCCAAUGUGGAGCUUUCCAACCUGUACCUCAAGCUGUUUAAGUUGGUCUUUGGCUCUGUCUCCCUGUUUGCGGCUGAAAAUGAACAAAUGCUGAAGCCUCACCUGCACAAGAUUGUGAACAGUUCAAUGGAGCUCGCGCAGACUGCCAAGGAGCCCUACAACUACUUCCUGCUGCUCCGGGCGCUGUUCCGCUCCAUUGGUGGAGGAAGCCAUGAUCUCCUGUAUCAGGAAUUCUUGCCUCUCCUGCCGAACCUGCUGCAAGGGCUGAACAUGUUGCAGAGCGGUCUGCACAAGCAACACAUGAAGGACCUCUUCGUGGAGCUGUGUCUCACGGUGCCCGUACGGCUGAGCUCGCUGCUGCCGUAUCUGCCCAUGCUCAUGGAUCCCUUGGUGUCUGCACUCAAUGGCUCCCAAACUUUGGUGAGCCAGGGCCUGAGGACCCUGGAAUUGUGUGUGGACAACCUUCAGCCCGACUUCCUGUACGACCACAUCCAGCCAGUGCGCGCAGAGCUCAUGCAGGCUCUGUGGCGCACUUUACGCAACCCUGCAGACAGCAUCUCUCACGUGGCCUACCGUGUACUCGGUAAAUUUGGUGGUAGUAACAGGAAGAUGUUGAAGGAGUCCCAGAAGCUGCACUAUGUUGUGACUGAAGUCCAGGGACCCAGCAUCACAGUGGAGUUUUCAGAUUGUAAAGCGUCCCUUCAGCUCCCAAUGGAGAAGGCUAUUGAAACGGCUCUGGACUGCCUGAAGAGUGCCAACACUGAGCCCUACUACCGGCGGCAGGCAUGGGAGGUGAUCAAGUGCUUCCUGGUGGCCAUGAUGAGCCUGGAGGACAACAAGCACGCGCUCUACCAGCUACUCGCGCACCCGAACUUUACAGAAAAGACAAUUCCCAGUGUCAUCAUAUCCCAUCGGUACAAGGCACAGGACACCCCGGCUCGUAAGACCUUUGAGCAGGCUCUCACUGGGGCCUUCAUGUCUGCUGUCAUUAAAGACCUCCGGCCCAGUGCCCUGCCAUUUGUGGCCAGCUUGAUCCGUCACUAUACCAUGGUGGCAGUCGCCCAGCAGUGCGGCCCCUUCUUGCUACCUUGCUACCAGGUGGGCAGCCAGCCCAGCACAGCCAUGUUCCACAGUGAGGAAAGCGGCUCUAAAGGCAUGGACCCUUUGGUUCUUAUUGAUGCCAUCGCUAUUUGUAUGGCAUAUGAAGAAAAGGAACUUUGCAAGAUUGGGGAGGUGGCCCUGGCGGUAAUAUUUGAUGUGGCAAGCAUCAUCCUAGGCUCCAAGGAGAGGGCGUGCCAGCUGCCCCUCUUUUCCUACAUCGUGGAGCGCCUGUGUGCCUGUUGUUACGAGCAGGCCUGGUAUGCGAAGCUGGGCGGUGUGGUGUCCAUCAAGUUCCUCAUGGAGCGGCUGCCACUCACGUGGGUUCUUCAGAACCAGCAGACGUUCCUCAAAGCACUCCUCUUUGUCAUGAUGGACUUGACUGGAGAGGUUUCCAACGGUGCUGUUGCCAUGGCGAAGACAACCCUGGAGCAGCUUCUGAUGAGGUGUGCCACACCUUUAAAAGACGAGGAAAGAGCCGAAGAGAUCCUGUCAGCUCAGGAGAAGUCCUUCCACCAUGUGACACACGAUUUGGUUCGAGAAGUCACCUCUCCAAACUCCACUGUGAGAAAACAGGCGAUGCAUUCACUCCAGGUGUUGGCCCAGGUCACUGGAAAGAGUGUGACGGUAAUAAUGGAGCCCCAUAAAGAGGUCCUCCAGGACAUGGUCCCACCUAAGAAGCACCUGCUCCGACACCAGCCUGCCAAUGCACAGAUCGGCCUGAUGGAGGGCAACACGUUCUGCACCACGUUGCAGCCCCGGCUCUUCACGAUGGACCUGAAUGUGGUGGAGCAUAAGGUGUUCUACACAGAGCUGUUGAAUCUGUGUGAGGCCGAAGAUUCAGCGUUAACAAAGCUACCCUGCUACAAAAGCCUGCCCUCCCUUGUGCCCUUACGAAUUGCAGCAUUAAAUGCGCUUGCUGCCUGCAAUUACCUUCCUCAGUCCAGAGAAAAGAUCAUUGCCGCCCUCUUCAAAGCCCUGAAUUCCACCAACAGUGAGCUGCAGGAGGCGGGUGAAGGCUGCAUGAGGAAGUUUCUGGAAGGUGCCACGAUAGAAGUCGACCAGAUCCACACGCACAUGAGGCCUUUGCUGAUGAUGCUGGGAGAUUACCGGAGCCUGACGCUGAACGUCGUCAACCGGCUGACUUCGGUUACCAGGCUCUUCCCAAAUUCCUUUAAUGAUAAAUUUUGUGAUCAGAUGAUGCAACAUCUGCGCAAGUGGAUGGAAGUGGUGGUCAUCACCCACAAAGGGGGCCAGAGGAGCGACGGAAACGAGAGCGUUUCAGAGUGCGGGAGGUGCUCCUUGUCUCCAUUCUGUCAGUUUGAGGAAAUGAAGAUUUGUUCAGCAAUUAUAAACCUCUUUCACCUGAUCCCAGCUGCACCUCAGACCCUGGUCAAACCUUUGUUGGAGGUUGUCAUGAAGACAGAGCGGGCUAUGUUGAUUGAGGCUGGCAGUCCGUUCAGAGAGCCUCUGAUCAAAUUCCUGACCCGACACCCCUCCCAGACGGUGGAGCUGUUCAUGAUGGAAGCCACACUGAACGACCCCCAGUGGAGCAGAAUGUUUAUGAGUUUCCUAAAACACAAAGAUGCCAGGCCUCUUCGCGAUGUGCUUGCCGCCAACCCAAACAGGUUCAUCACCCUGCUGCUGCCCGGUGGCACGCAGGCCGCAGUGCGCCCCGGCUCACCCAGCACCAGCACUAUGCGCUUGGACCUUCAGUUCCAAGCCGUUAAGAUCAUCAGUAUUAUAGUUAAGAAUGAUGACACCUGGCUGGCCAAUCAGCAUUCCUUGGUGAGCCAGUUGAGACGUGUGUGGGUUAGCGACGUCUUUCAAGAGAGGCACCGCAAGGAGAACAUGGCCGCCACCAACUGGAAGGAGCCCAAGCUGCUGGCCUACUGCCUCCUGAACUACUGCAAGAGGAAUUAUGGGGACAUAGAGUUGCUGUUUCAGCUGCUCCGAGCCUUUACUGGUCGUUUUCUCUGCAACAUGACAUUCUUAAAGGAGUACAUGGAAGAAGAGAUUCCCAAGAAUUACAGCAUUGCUCAGAAACGAGCCCUGUUUUUUCGCUUUGUAGACUUCAGUGACCCCAACUUUGGAGAUGAACUAAAAGCCAAGGUUCUGCAGCACAUCUUGAAUCCUGCUUUCUUGUAUAGCUUUGAGAAAGGGGAAGGAGAGCAGCUCUUAGGACCCCCGAAUCCCGAAGGAGACAGCCCUGAGAGCAUCACCAGUGUGUUCAUCACCAAGGUGCUUGACCCGGAGAAGCAGGCAGACAUGCUGGACUCGCUGCGUAUUUACCUCCUGCAGUACGCCACACUGCUGGUGGAGCAUGCGCCCCACCACAUCCAUGACAACAACAAGAACCGCAAUAGUAAGCUGCGCCGACUGAUGACCUUCGCGUGGCCCUGCCUGCUCUCCAAGGCCUGUGUGGACCCAGCCUGCAAGUACAGCGGGCAUCUGCUCCUGGCUCACAUCAUCGCCAAGUUUGCCAUCCACAAGAAGAUCGUGCUGCAGGUGUUCCAUAGUCUUCUCAAGGCACACGCGAUGGAAGCCCGUGCCAUCGUCAGACAGGCCAUGGCCAUCCUGACCCCUGCGGUGCCGGCGAGGAUGGAGGACGGGCACCAGAUGCUAACCCACUGGACGAGGAAGAUCAUUGUGGAGGAAGGCCACACGGUGCCGCAGCUGGUGCACAUCCUGCACCUCAUAGUGCAGCAUUUCAAGGUGUACUACCCAGUGCGGCAUCACCUGGUACAGCAUAUGGUCAGUGCCAUGCAGAGACUGGGCUUCACGCCUAGCGUCACCAUUGAGCAGAGGAGGUUGGCGGUGGACCUGUCGGAAGUUGUUAUCAAGUGGGAGCUGCAGAGGAUUAAGGACCAGCAGCCGGAUUCAGAUACAGAUCCGAAUUCGAGUGGAGAAGGCGUCAACUCGGUCUCGUCAUCCAUUAAAAGAGGCCUGUCGGUGGAUUCUGCCCAGGAAGUGAAGCGCUUCAGGACGGCCACGGGGGCCAUAAGUGCAGUGUUUGGGAGGAGCCAGUCACUGCCUGGAGCCGACGCCCUUCUCGCCAAGCCCAUUGACAAGCAACACACGGACACGGUGGUGAACUUCCUUAUCCGAGUGGCCUGCCAGGUGAAUGACAACACCAACACGGCAGGCUCUCCUGGGGAGGUGCUCUCUCGCCGCUGUGUGACUCUUCUAAAGACAGCCCUGCGACCAGAUAUGUGGUCCAAGUCCGAGCUCAAACUCCAGUGGUUCGACAAGCUGCUGAUGACCGUGGAGCAGCCGGGGCAGGUGAACUAUGGGAAUAUCUGCACUGGGUUGGAAGUUCUGAGUUUCCUGCUGACGGUGCUCCAGUCUCCGGCGAUCCUCAGCAGCUUCAAGCCCCUGCAGCGGGGAGUUGCCGCCUGCAUGACGUGUGGAAACACCAAAGUUUUGCGAGCUGUCCACAGCCUUCUCUCACGCCUCAUGAGUAUCUUCCCUACAGAGCCAAGCACCUCCAGCGUGGCCUCCAAGUAUGAGGAGCUGGAGUGCCUCUACGCGGCUGUUGGGAAGGUCAUCUACGAAGGACUCACCAACUACGAGAAGGCCACCAAUGCAAAUCCAUCACAGCUCUUUGGGACACUUAUGAUCCUCAAGUCAGCCUGCAGCAACAACCCCAGCUACAUCGACAGGCUCAUCUCAGUCUUCAUGCGCUCACUGCAGAAGAUGGUCCGGGAACAUCUCAACCCACAGGCAGCAUCGGGAAGCACAGAGGCCACCUCAGGAACAAGCGAGCUGGUGAUGCUGAGCCUGGAGUUGGUGAAGACGCGGCUGGCCGUGAUGAGUACAGAGAUGCGGAAGAACUUCAUCCAGGCCAUCCUGACGUCCCUCAUCGAAAAAUCGCCAGACGCCAAAAUCCUCCGCGCCGUGGUGAAGAUUGUGGAGGAGUGGGUUAAAAACAACUCCCCGAUGGCGGCCAAUCAGACCCCCACCCUCCGGGAGAAGUCCAUUUUGCUUGUGAAAAUGAUGACCUACAUAGAAAAGCGUUUUCCAGAAGACCUUGAAUUAAAUGCCCAGUUUUUAGACCUUGUCAACUAUGUCUACAGGGACGAGACCCUAUCUGGCAGUGAGCUCACCGCCAAGCUCGAGCCGGCCUUCCUCUCGGGGCUGCGCUGCGCCCAGCCGCUCAUCAGGGCCAAGUUUUUCGAGGUGUUUGACAACUCUAUGAAGCGUCGGGUGUAUGAGCGACUACUCUACGUGACCUGUUCCCAGAACUGGGAGGCCAUGGGGAACCACUUCUGGAUCAAGCAGUGCAUCGAGCUGCUUCUGGCCGUGUGUGAGAAGAGCACUCCCAUCGGCACCAGUUGCCAAGGGGCCAUGCUCCCGUCCAUCACCAACGUCAUCAACCUGGCUGACAGCCACGACCGUGCGGCCUUCGCCAUGGUCACACACGUCAAGCAGGAGCCACGGGAGCGGGAGAACAGCGAGUCCAAGGAGGAGGACGUAGAGAUAGAUAUUGAACUAGCUCCUGGUGAUCAGACUAGCACACCCAAAACCAAGGAGCUUUCGGAGAAGGACAUUGGAAACCAGCUGCACAUGCUAACCAACAGGCAUGACAAAUUCCUCGACACUCUUCGGGAAGUGAAGACUGGAGCCCUGCUCAGUGCCUUUGUCCAGCUGUGCCACAUUUCCACAACGUUGGCGGAGAAGACCUGGGUCCAGCUCUUUCCUAGACUCUGGAAAAUUCUUUCUGACAGACAGCAGCAUGCGCUGGCCGGCGAGAUCAGCCCCUUUCUGUGCAGUGGCAGUCACCAAGUGCAGCGUGACUGCCAGCCCAGUGCCCUGAACUGCUUUGUGGAGGCCAUGUCCCAGUGCGUGCCCCCGAUCCCCAUCAGGCCCUGUGUGUUGAAGUACUUGGGGAAGACACAUAACCUGUGGUUCCGCUCCACGUUGAUGCUGGAGCACCAGGCCUUCGAGAAAGGGCUGAGUCUGCAGAUCAAGCCCAAGCAGACGACCGAGUUCUAUGAGCAGGAGAGCAUCACUCCACCUCAGCAGGAGAUCCUGGACUCGCUGGCGGAGCUCUACUCGCUGUUGCAAGAGGAGGACAUGUGGGCCGGCCUGUGGCAGAAGCGCUGCAAGUACUCGGAGACCGCGACGGCCAUCGCUUACGAGCAGCAUGGCUUCUUUGAGCAGGCACAAGAGUCCUACGAAAAGGCCAUGGAUAAGGCCAAAAAGGAGCAUGAGCGGAGCAACGCGUCCCCUGCCAUCUUCCCGGAGUACCAGCUGUGGGAGGACCACUGGAUCCGGUGCUCUAAAGAGCUGAACCAGUGGGAGGCCUUGACUGAGUACGGCCAGUCGAAGGGCCACAUCAACCCCUACCUGGUCCUGGAGUGCGCCUGGCGGGUCUCUAACUGGACCGCCAUGAAGGAAGCACUGGUGCAGGUGGAAGUAAGCUGUCCCAAGGAGAUGGCCUGGAGGGUGAACAUGUACCGAGGCUACCUGGCCAUCUGCCACCCCGAGGAGCAGCAGCUUGGCUUCAUUGAGCGCCUGGUGGAGAUGGCCAGCAGUUUGGCCAUCCGCGAGUGGCGACGGCUGCCCCAUGUGGUGUCCCACGUGCACACGCCCCUUCUCCAGGCUGCCCAGCAGAUCAUCGAGCUGCAGGAGGCUGCGCAGAUCAACGCGGGCUUGCAGCCCAACAACCUGGGACGGAACAACAGCCUCCAUGACAUGAAGACAGUGGUGAAGACCUGGCGGAACCGGCUGCCCAUCGUGUCGGACGACUUGUCCCACUGGAGCAGCAUCUUCAUGUGGCGGCAGCACCAUUACCAGGGUAAACCUGCCUGGUCCGGCAUGCACUCACCAUCUAUUGUGACCGCGUACGAGAACAGUUCUCAGCACGACCCCAGUUCAAAUAAUGCCAUGCUUGGGGUCCACGCGUCGGCUUCAGCGAUCAUCCAGUAUGGAAAAAUUGCCCGGAAACAAGGACUGGUCAACGUGGCUCUGGAUAUAUUAAGUCGUAUUCACACUAUUCCCACCGUUCCUAUCGUGGACUGCUUCCAGAAGAUUCGACAGCAAGUGAAAUGCUACCUCCAGCUGGCAGGGGUCAUGGGGAAGAAUGAGUGCAUGCAGGGCCUUGAAGUUAUUGAAUCUACAAACUUGAAAUACUUCACAAAAGAAAUGACAGCUGAAUUUUAUGCACUGAAGGGAAUGUUCUUGGCUCAGAUCAACAAGUCUGAGGAGGCUAACAAGGCCUUCUCUGCGGCCGUGCAGAUGCACGACGUGCUGGUGAAAGCCUGGGCGAUGUGGGGCGACUACCUGGAGAACAUCUUUGUGAAGGAGCGGCAGCUGCACCUCGGGGUGUCUGCCAUCACCUGCUACCUGCACGCGUGUCGGCACCAGAACGAGAGCAAAUCCAGGAAGUACCUGGCCAAGGUGCUGUGGCUUUUGAGUUUUGAUGACGACAAGAACACGCUGGCUGACGCCAUAGACAAGUACUGCAUUGGCGUGCCUCCCAUCCAGUGGCUGGCCUGGAUCCCCCAGCUGCUAACCUGCUUGGUCGGCUCAGAGGGCAAGCUGCUUCUGAACCUUAUUAGUCAGGUUGGACGUGUGUACCCACAAGCUGUCUACUUCCCCAUCCGGACGCUGUACCUGACGCUGAAGAUUGAGCAGCGGGAGCGCUAUAAGAGCGAUCCAGGGCCCAUAAGAGCCACGGCCCCCAUGUGGCGCUGCAGCCGAAUCAUGCACAUGCAGCGGGAGCUGCACCCCACCCUGCUGUCGUCCCUGGAGGGCAUCGUCGACCAGAUGGUCUGGUUCCGGGAGAACUGGCACGAGGAGGUCCUUAGGCAGCUCCAGCAGGGCCUGGCCAAGUGCUACUCAGUGGCGUUUGAGAAAAGCGGAGCUGUGUCUGAUGCGAAGAUCACCCCCCACACUCUCAAUUUUGUGAAGAAGCUGGUGAGCACGUUCGGGGUGGGCCUGGAGAACGUGUCCAACGUAUCCACCAUGUUCUCCAGUGCAGCCUCAGAAUCGCUCGCCCGGCGGGCUCAGGCCACCGCCCAGGACCCCGUCUUCCAGAAGCUGAAAGGCCAGUUCACCACUGAUUUUGACUUCAGUGUUCCAGGAUCCAUGAAGCUUCAUAACCUUAUUUCUAAAUUGAAAAAAUGGAUUAAAAUCCUGGAGGCCAAGACCAAGCAACUUCCGAAAUUCUUCCUCAUCGAGGAGAAGUGCCGCUUUCUGAGCAAUUUCUCGGCGCAGACGGCGGAAGUGGAAAUCCCUGGGGAGUUUCUGAUGCCGAAGCCCACGCACUACUACAUCAAGAUCGCUCGGUUCAUGCCCAGGGUGGAGAUCGUGCAGAAGCACAACACCGCGGCCCGGAGGCUGUAUAUCCGUGGACAUAAUGGCAAGAUCUACCCCUACCUCGUCAUGAACGACGCCUGCCUGACCGAGUCGCGCCGGGAGGAGCGAGUGCUGCAGCUGCUGCGCCUGCUCAACCCCUGCCUGGAGAAGAGGAAGGAGACCACCAAGAGGCACCUGUUCUUCACAGUUCCCCGAGUCGUGGCCGUGUCCCCGCAGAUGCGCCUCGUGGAAGACAACCCCUCUUCCCUUUCCCUGGUGGAAAUCUACAAGCAACGUUGUGCCAAGAAGGGCAUUGAGCAUGACAACCCCAUCUCCCGCUACUACGACCGACUGGCCACGGUGCAGGCGCGGGGCACCCAAGCCAGCCACCAGGUCCUUCGAGAUAUCCUCAAGGAGGUUCAGAGUAACAUGGUACCGCGCAGCAUGCUCAAAGAGUGGGCGCUGCACACAUUCCCCAACGCCACGGACUACUGGACCUUCCGCAAGAUGGUCACCAUCCAGCUGGCCCUGAUCGGCUUUGCUGAAUUUGUCUUGCACCUAAACCGACUUAACCCCGAGAUGUUACAGAUCGCUCAGGACACUGGCAAGCUGAACGUUGCUUACUUCCGGUUUGAUAUCAACGACGCGACAGGAGACUUGGACGCCAACCGCCCUGUUCCCUUCCGCCUCACCCCCAACGUCUCUGAGUUCCUGACCGCCAUUGGUGUCUCCGGCCCGCUGACCGCCUCAAUGAUCGCCGUCGCCCGCUGCUUUGCUCAGCCCAACUUCAAGGUGGAUGGCAUCCUGAAGACGGUGCUGCGGGACGAGAUCAUCGCUUGGCACAAGAAGACCCAGGAGGACACUUCCUCCCCACUGUCGGCGGCCGGGCAGCCGGAGAACAUGGACGGCCAGCAGCUGGUCUCCCUGGUCCAGAAGGCGGUGACGGCCAUCGUGACACGUCUGCACAACCUGGCACAGUUCGAGGGAGGGGAGAGCAAGGUGAACACCCUGGUCGCUGCGGCCAACAGCCUGGACAACCUGUGCCGCAUGGACCCUGCCUGGCACCCGUGGCUAUGAGGCCGCCCUGGC